ACUAAGGACGGGAAAAUGUGCUUAUUGGGAAGCUGCAGCUUAUAUGAGAAACAGUGCAAUGUAAAGACAGCUGUUGUGUUUUCUAGUAGCGCCUCAGAAUGUGAUUCAGUUUUUUUCAAAGAACCUCCUCUCAAAGUGAUACUGAGUCAUAACCAUCUGUGGCCAUUCACUUGUUCUUAUGCAGGCAGCGAUGCGUUUACCAUUAGGCACGACACGCUCAACAAGUGCAUACAAGUAAAAAACUCACGGAUUGUGAUAGAUGACUGCAGAGAGACGAGUGAAGCUCUGUGGAAAUGGGUGUCCCAGAAUCGCCUUUUCCAUCUGGGUGCCAAGCAGUGCCUGGGACUCGAUAUAUUCACCAAAUUACCGUCCCGCCUGAGAAUGGUGGAUUGCAACUCAGACCUUCGGCUGUGGUGGCGGUGUGCUGAUGGCUCGGUGGUUGGUGCAUCUCAGUACAAGGUGACCGUCAAGAGUGCCUAUGUAACCGCCAGCAUAAACGCGUCCGACCAAUGGAGAAGCAACAACUCCUCUGGUGAUAUAUGCCAGUAUCCGUACCAUGAGGUUUAUACCAAAGAUGGGAACUCCUAUGGGAAGCCCUGUGAGUUCCCCUUUCUGUACAACGCGACCUGGCAUCAUGACUGCAUUCAGGAUGGGACACAAACGGGUGGGAAAUGGUGCGCCACGUCUGAAGAUUAUACUCGUGAUGGAAAAUGGGGAAUAUGCUUACAGCCAGAGGAUGGUUGUCGUGAUAUCUGGGAACACGAUGCAGGCUCUCAACAUUGCUACCAGUUCAAUACCCAGUCUGCUCUUUCUUGGAAGGAAGCUUAUAUUUCAUGUCAGAGGCAAGGUGGAGACUUACUUAGCAUCCAAGAUGCAUCAGAAUUAAACUACAUACAAGCUAAGGAUGACAUCGCUGAGAUCUUCUGGAUUGGCUUAAAUCAGCUGGAUGUUUCUAGAGGCUGGCAGUGGUCAGAUCACAAACCUUUGAAUUUUGUCAACUGGCAUCAAGAUAUGCAGGAUUUGUCCCCUUUGGAUGGGACUAGCUGUGUGGCAAUGAAUGCUGCCUCCGGUCAGUGGCAGAGUUACCAUUGUGGGAAUCCACUUCCAUAUGUUUGCAAGAAAUCAUUCAAGGAGGUUUCAAACCUCACAGAGUUUUGGAGACACUUGGAUACUCGCUGUGAUGUGGGUUGGCUUCCCCACAAUGGUUUUUGCUACAUGAUGAUGCACAACCAGGCAUCUUGGAGUACAGCAGAUCAGUUUUGCAAAACAAAUAAAAGCAACCUCAUCAGCAUACACUCUUUGGCAGAUGUGGAACUCAUUGUUACAAAGCUUCAUAAUGAUGCUAAAGAAGAAGUGUGGAUGGGUCUCAGGAACGAAGAUGUACCAACCUUGUUCAAAUGGUCAGAUCACACAGAUGUGGUUUUUACAUAUUGGGAUCAGAAUGAACCAAAUGUUCCUUUUAAUGCCACUCCUAACUGUGUGUCUUAUUCAGGCAAGUUGGGGCAGUGGAGAGUCAAAUCCUGUGAAGAAAACUUGAAAUAUGUGUGUAAGAAAAAAGGAGAGAUUUUAAAUGAAACAAAAUCGGACAGAAAUUGCUCGCUGGAUGAGGGUUGGGAAAUGCAUGGAAACUACUGCUACAAGAUUUUGAAAACGGAAGUUUCAUUUGGAGCACUGUGCAAUCUUACAGUUACAAACAGGUUUGAACAAGAAUUUAUAAAUAGUCUGAUUAGAAAACACACCAAAGUUGAAGAAAAAUACUUCUGGACUGGUUUGCAAGACAUUAGCCAGUCUGGAAUGUAUUCCUGGGCUGCAGUGGAUGGGGAAAAAAGUGAAGCUGUGACAUAUACUAACUGGAACUCCUUGCAACCAGAGUUCUCAGGAGGAUGUGUGGUCAUGUCCAGUGGGAGGUCUCUUGGAAAGUGGGAAACUAAGGACUGUAAAACCACAAAAGCUUUCCCUGUUUGCAAAAAAUACAUCGGGCUGCCCAAGGAACCAGAAGUGCUCCCAAAGCCAUCGGAUCCCUGUCCCCCCGGGUGGCAUAAUGGAUCUGGCCUUGCCUGCUACAAGUUCUUCCACAGUGAAAGAGUGCUGCGAACCAGAACUUGGGAGGAGGCAGAAAGGUUCUGUGAAGCACUUGGAGGCCAUCUUCCCAGCUUCACUCAUACAGAAGAAAUCAAGGCGCUUCAUUCCAUCCUGAGAAAAAUUAUCAGGUAUGUUGACUGGAUUCGGGAGGAUGACGGCACUUCGAACAAAGCCAGCUGGGGAAGAGCUGUCAUCCUGCCCAAGAAAUCUCUGGUGGACCAUAUCAACCAGAUCGCUUUCGUCCACAUGUUUGCUGACCUCGUCAAAAAGCACUUGAGAGGCCUGGAAGAUGUCUUUGGUCCACCAGACUCCAGUGGUCUUGAUCUUGGUCUUGAUGUAUCUGGAAAGGAUUUAAUAUUAGCUUUGAUUUCUCUUGCUAGCCUCUUCUGCAGUCAACAAAAGCAGAAUUUCUAUGCCUUUGCUCACGGCAAACUGCUGCUUCGCCAUAAUGGCUGCUCUUCAAUUUAUAGCUCAGUCGUAUUCUUCAUGACUUUAAGUGCCAGCGGUGUAGACCCCAUAUUUCAGGAGGCUUUGUCUAAUCUGAGUUUGAAUAUGCAGCAGGACAGAACUUGGCAGUCACUUUUGAGUAAAAAGAAGGCUCGUAUUACAAUGAAGCAAGUAUGCUGUUUUCAGGUUGUAGCUUCAUUUCUGGAGAGCAAGUAUGUUGAAGAUGACUCAAGAAACUGUGGUGUAUUCAAAGUAAAUAGAACAGUUUUUCCAGCACACUGCAAUGAAAAGCGUGAAUGGAUAUGCAAAAUACCAAAAGGUGUUAAACCAAAGAAUCCAGAUUGGUACAUAGCUGAACUGCCAUGGUCAUACUACCAAGGGGCAGAGUAUCUUUUCCAUGUGAACCCUACAGACUGGGACACGUAUGAGUUCAUUUGUGUCUGGCUUCGUAGUGAAAUGGCAACAAUAAAUUCUGCGGAGGAGCAAGCAUUUAUUGAAAAUAAAAUUAAGAAGUUGUCGGAUAGUGAUGUUCACUGGUGGAUUGGAUUGCAUGCAGAAAACAUCAGCAAUGAAUUUCGCUGGAAGGAUGAAUCACUAGUAACAUACCAGAACUGGAAUGAAGGCAGAGAUCGAUAUCUGCAUAAACCAGGGAAAAGAUGUGGCUUCAUUUCGUCACAAACAGGACGCUGGGAUGAUGAAAACUGUACUGUUUCUCUUCCUUGUAUUUGUAAACGUAAAAAUGCUUGGAAAAUAGAGAAAGAGAUUCCAAAAGACCGGAAUCCACAAGGAAUGUGUCCUAAGGGCUGGCUACACUUUGGACUUAAAUGCUUUUUGAUACAAAUUCCAAAGGAUCCAGAGCACCUGAGGAGCUGGUACUCUGCACAGACAUUCUGCAGUAGGUACGAUGGGUCCCUCGCUUCCCUUGAGGAUGAACUGGAACAAGCUUUCAUAACAAUGAAUCUAUUUGGUCGCAAAACUAGUGUUUGGAUAGCUUUCCAAGGUGAUGAUUAUGAAAAAUGGAUGAAUGAAAAUCCUCCAAGGUAUUCCAACUGGUCUCCCAUUGAAGUAGUGCAUAGACCGCGUUAUAACAGCGUCUAUGUUGAAGAACAAGUUCCACUUUGUACACUGGUAUCAAAUAACCCUAAUUUUUAUUUUACGGGAAAGUGGUACUUAGAAAACUGUGAGAAAAAUUACGGGUUUGUCUGCCAAAAAAGGCAGGACACAUCCAGGCAUAUUGUCAAUGCGUCUGAAAUGUACCCUGUGCCAGAUACUUUACAAUAUGCAAACAGAACAUAUACGCUAAUACGUGGGAAUUUGACAUGGUCUGCAGCUUUAAAGACCUGCAUGGCAAAUGGAGCUGAGCUGGUCAGCAUUGCAGAUCAGUACCACCAGGCUUUCCUCACAAUCAUUGUGAAUCGGCUGGGAUACAACCACUGGAUCGGGCUGUUCACCGCAGAUAAUGGGCUUAAUUUUGAGUGGUCAGAUGGGACUAGAUCCUUGUUUACCUUCUGGGAAGAUGAUGAGUCCCAGGCCUUGGGCAGCUGUGUUUAUAUGGAUACCUCAGGGCACUGGAAGAGUACAAGCUGUGAACAAAUUCUGCCAGGAGCAGUCUGCCAUGUGCCGCCAAAGAAGAAACUCAUCAAGUAUAAGGGCUUAUGUUCAGAAAAACAUGUUCCCUGGAUCAAAUUCAAAAACAAUUGCUACAGCUUUAACACUGUUCUGCAGGGCACAAGUUUUGAUACUGCAUAUGAAGUCUGCAGAAAUCAAGGAUCUAAUCUUCUAACUAUCGAAGAUGAAGAUGAAAAUGCCUUCAUUCUGGAGGAGUUGCACAGUUUUGGUUAUUCUGUGAAAAUGGUUUGGCUGAAUGUCCUGCAUGUUAAAGACAAUGAAACAGUUUCCUGGUUUGAUGGCUCUCCCUUAAAUUAUUCUAACUGGGGCAUCAGGGAGCCUGAAUUUGAUCAUCUCAAGGGGAAUUUCUGUAUCAGCCUGAGGACUGCGGAUGGUGUAUGGCAAAUAUCUCCAUGCAGAGAAAUAAAGGGAUUUGUUUGUAAAAAGGAUGCAGAUCUUAAUGCGGCAGAACCCUCUGAAAAAUCAUCAUACUCUGGACUUGCUGCUCUGGCUGUUCUCGUAACGUUGGUGAUGCUGGCUGCUAUUUCCAUUUUUCUGUGGUGCCUCUACAAACAGAACAACAGAUUCUUCAGCAGAAUACUGUGGGUCAGAAAUGCCUAUUUUCCACAGAUUAAUUCUGAUGUUCCUGCUCUGGAAGAAAGUAUUCUCAUUUCUGAUUUUGAGAAAGAUGACAAUUAAUCAGUGGGGAGAAGCAAGCCGUUUUGUAUUCCGUGUUAAAUUCCGUAUCCUACAGUGUUUUUGUUUUUGUGAGCCAGUUGCUGUCCAAGGCCAGCUCCACCUUUUAGCUGGUGGUGAGAAUGUCUACAUGGUGCUGGAAGAGCAGAGAGAGCAGCAAAGCAGCAGCCGCAGCUCUUUCCCUCCUUGUGAAUUUGUUGCAGAGAAGUUUCCGAAAGGUUUUCAUAAUGAGCAGUGAGGAGCUGAGCACCAGUCACACCUGCUCUCACAGGCACCAGACCCAGGCUUCCUCGAUGGCAGAGGGUCUGUGCUUCCUUCUCAGGAGACUCGGGGCAUGUGCUUCUGGAGGAGUCCUUGCACUCUGAUUGGGGAGCACACAGGGGCUGCUGCACUUGAACCUCUUAUGCUUUGUAGUAGAAUGUGGUGAGAAUGCACAGAGCCAUGGGGAAAUUGGCUUCUUUGGGAAAAGCUGUGAACUAAAAAUAUUCCAAUACUACAAAUCUCAAACCACUCAUGUGGAGCAGUCAUGUCCGUGCCAGGCAGAGGACAUUUCUAUGCAGCUUCUUCCCUUGGGAUGUUUGGGCCUCUUUGCUUUUGUUUUCGUACCAAAAAAGCUGCUCGUGAGACAGUGUUAAAACUUGUCCUUGAAUUCUGGAACUCUGAAACCUACUCCAAGGCUUAUGGACUAGUUCUUCCUAAUACCUAUUCCAUCCAUAGAAUGUACUUUUUCAUAAGGUGGAUUCUUAGCAGGUGGAUUUCCAAGUUUGCUGAGAUAAAGUUACUUUUGGUUGGGAGUGUCAGUGCUGCCAUGAUGGCUAGUUUACAUUAUGAAAUACCUUAUGCUUGAGAUACAGUAGUGUAUGGAUAUUGUCGUCCUGAAGUUAAUAUAUUCAGUAAAGAUACUUCUGGUGCACUUCUAGAGAAACAAUGUUAUCUCUCACCUUGGUCAUUUCAGAAACUGAAUCUCAUCAGGCUCUUUCAAAGGUGCUUUGGAGCAGUAUCUGAAGAAAAACAUUACUAUAAAUCUUGUUAAAGUUAUGGUAAUAAAUUGCUUUACUGUUCACUUACAGUGCAACUUCAAGCAGUGUUUAUAUAUAUUCUUCUGAGACCCUGCUCUCCACACAGAAGGAUGAUACAAGGGAGAGCCACACCUGCAGUUGACAAAGGGUGCUGCCCUCCCUUGUCCAAGUCCUGUAAGGCCAUGUAACACACGCUCAAGAGCCACAUUUCACUUUCACUGGUUAUAUCAAGGUGCUAAUGGUUCUGAUACCAUCUUUCACUGGUCAGUUGUUCUCCUGGCUAAUGGCUGUGCAAGACCCACGGAUUCAGCUCACGGUUCUCAACAGUGGAUGGUUCUGUGGAUUCCCACCACUUUACCCAGUACUCCAGUUACUUCUGUGAAAAUAUCAAAACCUUUUAUGGAGGACUUCUAAAUUAUUUCUAUUGUAAAGUGGAGGGGAAAAAAAAAAAGUCAAAUUUUUUGAUCACAAAGAGUUAUCUGAGUAUUGAAUAACCGUGCCAUUAGUCAUCUCUAAAAGCUGCUAUGAAUGGCUGUGCAUGUUGUUGUGUUGGUUAGUUGGCUUGUUGUGGGAUGACUCACUCUAUUCCAAACUUAGUAGGAACCCUAAAAUGGAGAUAUGUUUGUGAAAAUUCAGUAAGCAGACAAGGCCAAAUGCAACGUUUUUAUUUGUGCACAUACAGGGGAAUGUAUGACUUCUUUCCAGUUAGAUUUCAUGUAGCAAUUUUUUAGACAUGACCAAAUAAAUGUAUUUUCAUGUCAUAACUAUGUAUGAGGCUAUAUUUUUCUUAAUUAUUUAAUACCUAGAAUACUUUUAUACUGGUUUACAGGAUACAGAAAUGUGGUUAAAGAGACUGCAGAUGCAUCUUAUCAGCAUAUAACAAAAAAAAGUGACCAACUCUCCCUUCCCCGUAAGAAUUUCACCUGUUUAAAUUUCAGCUGGAGGAGCCUAAACAACCAUCUUCCAUUCAUCGCAUUCACUGACAAGUGUACAUGUUGCCUUUUUGCAGCAGAGUGACUUGAAGGAUGCUUUUUGCUUGCAAAAUUGUAAAAUAUUUUGUCUCAGAGGACGUGCAUUUAUCAGGCUAUUAUGCUGUUACCUAGUUAUGCAUAUGCUGUCACAUUUUGACAUUGUUAAUGAAGGUGUAUAUUUAAAAAAAAAAACAAAAAAACAACCUGAUAUGGAUACUUUAUCAAUUUUCCUUGAAGUAUGUUGUAGUCAUUUUAAUAUAUCUGACGGACAGUUGUAUAAUAAAUAAUCCUAACAUCAUAAUAGAGAAUGUUAACACUGACUGUGAUGUAGGUGAUCUUGGAUUAAGGGAAUAGUACAUCAAGUACAUCAAGCAGUGUUUUUUUUCAUACAUUGAAACUGAUCCAAAGAAACACUGUCAUAAGUGUUUAUUUUAAAAUCUUUUGUCAUUUAACUUUUCUAAUUGCAGGUGUUAUUCACUGAAGGAUGUUAUUGCUGAUUACUUCCUAUUCCUUGUUCUAAAUAUAAGAAAAAUCUUACAGUGAGAACUAUCACUCACUGAAAUACUGUCCUUGGGGAUGUGAUAAUUCACUGUAGGAUUUCAAGAUGCAGUUGGACAUGGUGCUAGGCAAUCUCAUCCAGGCUUCCUUUUCCUGUGAGAGGUUGAACCUGGUGACCUUUAAGGUCCCUUCCACCUGGGCUUUUCUAUGAUUCUAUGGAUUUUACCUUAGCUUCCAUUUGUUUUUCCUUAACUCAAGAUCCCUUGUCCCGUUCCUGGUCAGAGUACUUGGCUAUGUUUUCAUGAGUGACUGUGAUAGUAACAACAGUGAAGUUCACUGUAUUACUUCAGCUAGGAAAUUAAAGCAUAAAUAAUAA